AUGGUACUCCACAACCCGAACAACUGGCACUGGGUCACCAAGGAUGCUGGUCCGUGGGCCAAGGAAUACCUAGAAACAGAAAUCAAGAAGGUCUCGGCCGAGGAAGAUGGGGUUUCAGCAAACAUUACCAAGCUUGUGUCACUAGACGGCGACGUCGAAGUCAGCCAAAGAAAAGGAAAGGUCAUAACCAUCUUCGACGUGUCUUUACAAUUAGAAUACGAAGGAAAAACGAAGGAAGGCAUUGAUGUCAGCGGCAGCAUCAGAGUUCCCGAAUGUGCAUAUGACACCGAGCCUGAGGAGUACGUUUUUGAGAUAGACAUUUACUCUGAGCAAAAAGAGAAACAACCAGUCAAGGAUCUUGUUCGGUCAACCCUGGUCCCUCAACUUCGAAAAGCCUUCUCCACUCUCGCCCCUGCACUCAUUGAAGAGCAUGGGAAGGAUCUCCAACAUGCUCCUGGUUCCAACCCCUCCAGUGGAUUUGCUACACCCACGUGGCAUCCUCAGAAAGAACGAAAUCCAACCUUUGCGGCUCCAGUGACCACAUCCACGUCUGGCAGUUCGUCUAUCAACACAACCACCGUUAGUGCGACAGACGAAUUCCGCACGAGCGCUGAAGAGCUUUUCCAGACCUUCACCGAUCCGCAGCGUAUUGCAGCAUUCACACGAGGCGCGCCCCGAGUCUUUGAGGGAGCUAAACCUGGUGGGAAAUUUGCGAUUUUCGACGGAAACGUCACAGGUGAAUUCGUCACCUUAGAAUCGCCCAAGAAAUUGGUACAGACAUGGAGACUUGCUCAAUGGCCGGAAGGACACGUGAGUACUCAGGAGAUUUUUUUCGAUCAGAACGAUGUAGAUCGAGUCACCAAUUUGCGGGUCACUUGGACUGGGGUGCCUGUUGGACAAGAAGAGGUAGUGCGUCGCAAUUGGGAAGGUUAUUACGUCCGCAGUAUUAAACAAACAUUUGGGUAA